CUGUGGACUUCCGUUCGCAUGACAGUGUCGCUAGUUGAUGACGUAACGGCUCCGGUGGGGGCUGUAUGGUUCUGUGACAGGUUACUGGAGGCCGGAUGAAUAUGAGCUGCACCAUUGAGAAGGUUUUGUCCGACGCAAAAUUACUGGUGGAGAGAUUGCGGGAACAUGACAGCGCUGCCGAGUCGCUCAUCGAGCAGACCACCGUGCUCAACAGACGGGUGGAAGCGAUGAAGCAGUACCAGGAUGAGAUCCAGGAGCUGAAUGAGGUAGCCAGACAUCGACCGCGGUCUACACUGGUGCUUGGUAUUCAGCAGGAAAAUAGACAGAUUCGGGAGCUCCAGCAGGAGAAUAAAGAGCUGCGCACUUCCUUGGCAGAAAACCAGUCUGCACUGGAGCUGAUUAUGAGCAAGUACAGAGAGCAGAUGUUUCGCUUACUCAUGGCGAGCAAGAAAGACGACCCAGGGAUCAUCAUCAAACUGAAAGAUCAGCAUUCAAAGGAGUUACAAAAUCACAUGGAUAAGAUCUCGGAGAUGGCGGCUGUGAUGAAACGAGCUAUUGAAGUUGAUGAACAGUUUGGUAACCAGGAUUAUGACCGGAUCUUGAAGCUUGAGCAAGAGAACCGGGGUUUACGGGAAAUCCUGCAGAUCACUCGGGAGUCGUUCCUCAACCUUCGGAAAGAAGAGGCGCAGGAGAACCCAUCCCUGUCUGUCUUGGUCCACAACAGUGAUCAUAGUUUAAGGAAAAGCUGAGCAUCCAAAGCAAGCGGAAUGACAGGAACCAGAUUUUAAGUGGACUCUCUUGCCCCCUAGUGGUACACUGGAGAACUGACAUUUUAUCUGCUAAGAGAUCACCCAUGGUAGAGUAAUGAUUUCCGGUACACAAGCGAGAGAUGUUAUUUUACGAUUCCCACAAGAUGGCACCAUUUAUUUAUAGGGCAUUGUAUAGGAACAAAUAUUUUACUUUGAAACUUGAAAACCCUAAAGUGCUAUUUUUUAAUGCAAAAUAUUUUUGAGAUGCCUCCCCUUUUAUUGCAUGGAUGAACGUGUCUCAGGAGCUGCAAGAUGAUCAUCACAUUCCUUGAUUACUAAUUAAGUAUUAAUGCCCGUGUCAUAUACAGUUACAGCUGCCAUUAUGUAGGGCUGGUGAGUAAGAUGGAGAAUGCCGAUCAAGAGUGUUUUCUCCUUAAAAUUUUAAGAGAUUGCCUAGGAAACUUUAAUUAGAGGUCAUCUAGCUUUCCCUGACACAAAUGUAAUUUACAGAUUAGAUUUUAAUAUAUUAGGGAAUUCUGCUUUAAUGGGGGGAAGGGUGGGGAGGGUGUCCUUGUAUUCAGGGUCCUUUUCUUUUGAAGACCGAUUAUAAUGAGCAUCUCUCACUUUGGAGGGCCCGUCCUGUGCUGCAUUAUAUAGACCACCUGUUGAUAUGAAUAGGAAUUGUGUGAUGCUACAUUUCUCCUGUGGUGGCACUGUAGGGAAAUUACUCACUACCUACAGCUGGUGACUGGCGGUCCGCUCAGGAGGAUACUGUAUGAUCACUUUAUGGUCAAGGGACCCCUGUUAUAAUUCUGUUAUAAAACGGAGAAGCCUGAUAGAGAACGAUUCCAAGGAUAACGCUGGGGCUUUUUUCCCUCUUGGUCGCCUGUAUUCUCCAGCCUUUACCAUGGUACCAAACGCCUCCAUCCUAUAAGGAAGGUGUAAUAUUUUUUAUGGUUCAUACAGGAUGGGAGUAGCCGCGUAGUCGUCAUUCCCGUUGUGUACGAGUAUCUUGCGGUGUGACUUGUGUCUGCAGAUGCCUCUAUUUAUGUACAAAGAUUCACUAUGUAGUUGAUACAUUAAAGAUAUACAUUGGUUAUCUGUA